CUGGAGGGAUGAGUGCAAGACCUGCAGCAGUUCAGCAUACAGGAGGACAGAGUGGGACUUUACACUGAGGGACAUAUUUAUAUAUAACAGACUUUUCAGGACAGUAGCUUCUGGAUAAUCUCUAACCCGAUUACUGGAAUCAUGAAGUCUCCAAAACUCGCACCUCAAGCGAAGUUCACCAAAGAGGAGGACCUGAACGACGUGCUGUGCGAGUUCGACGCGGUGAUCGAAGACUUCACGUCCCCGGUAGAGAAGCGGCACUUCAGGUACGACGAGCACCUGCAGACCAUGAAGAGGAGGAGCUGCGCCAGCGUCAGCGACAGCGGCAUCAGCGACUCAGAGAGUGCAGAGUCGCUCAACAGAAACAGCUUCAGCUUCAGCGAUGAGAGGCUGAACUCCCCUACCACCACCUCACCUCCUCUUAUGUCACCAAAACCCAAACUCGGCGACACUAAAGAACUGGAGGACUUCAUCGCCGACCUUGACAGGACAUUAGAGAGCAUGUGACACGGAGGAUCACAGUCAUCUUGGAGUGUAGCCAUGACAGAGGGAGGGAGUGGAUGCCUGGACCCCCCUUGAGCAGCCAACACGCACCUGCUCCCACACUGAAACUUCUCCACCCCCCACCCCCCCAACAGGAUACAGCUGGAUGGCCCAGCAACUGCCAAGUGGCUCCACCUCGGCAACAGGUCUAGCCAGCGCUCUGCUAAAGUUAACCCAGCAGUGCUCAACUAACUCCAGACCACUUGGCUACUGGGCUGUAAGGAGUGCAAGAAGGAUCAAAAUUAGCAUUGUAGGGAAAACAAGGACAUGAAUACUAAGCAGCCGUGAGGUAUUGGACUCUAAAACAUUGAACAUAUGCCAUACAGAGUUACUGGAACAUUUAUUGUCAGAGCCACAAAUCACCCCCACCACACACACCAGGUCACACUCCCUCAUCCAAAAACCUGAGCUGAAAGAGUAUUUAAAAUGGCUUUUUAUAAUAGAAAUAUAUUUGUAAUUUUAUAGAGCUUCUUAUUGUAAAUUUAUUAGUCGUUUUUGUGAAAUAUAUUUUUGUAUCUCAUGUAAAUAAUAAUUGUUUCAAAUUUUAUUUGCCUUGAUAUUAAACGGACAGUCAGAUUAAGGUUUGACACUCGUUGACUGGAAUAAAGUUGGUGACGUGCUUAAUACGAAUGUGAACUUAAUCCACUCUGGGAAAAAAACUGGAAAGCAAUAUAUGUAUUUAAUACAGCUAAUGCCUGCCAGAGGUAAUAUUAAAGUGAAAUAUUGUUCUUUUAGUAA